AUGCUAACUUGUAAGUCGCUCUUAUGGAAAAAUGCGGCAAGAGGUGUUUCCCUUGCAAGCAAAGUGCGCCCUUGUUUAGGCCCCGUUAUCACACACUCGAGACACUUAUAUAAUUCAGCCUCGUCACAGGGAGAUGCCAUCAGAUCACUACACAUGACUAAAACAUGGAAGGGCAAUAAGUCGACAAACUCCGAACGUGUAAAUAUCGUCAGCAGACGUUCUCUGUUCACAGAAACAAGCCAUGCCUGUGCGAAAUGCCAGAAAACGUCACAAUUGAUAAACAACACCCCAAAACGUGAAAUACUUCCCGAUAAUGUCGUUCCUUUACACUACGAUCUAAUUGUAGAACCUGAUUUUGAAACAUUCAAGUUCGAAGGCUCUGUUAAGAUUGAAUUGAAAAUCAACAAUUCUGGAAUUGACACGGUAACACUAAAUACUAUUGAUAUCGAUAUUCAUUGUGCCAAACUUGGCGAUAUCGCAGCUUCUAAGAUUAAUAUUAAGGAGGAGCAACAGGUUACCGACUUCGUGUUUCCUGAAGGGACCUUAGCCUCUUUUAAGGAUAAUGUCAUUUUGAAUAUAAAGUUUACUGGUAUCUUAAAUGAUAAUAUGGCUGGCUUCUAUAGAGCCAAAUAUGAAGACAAGUUAACCGGUGAAACAAAGUAUAUGGCUACCACUCAAAUGGAACCAACGGAUGCCAGGAGAGCCUUUCCAUGUUUUGAUGAGCCCAAUUUAAAAGCGUCCUUUGCAAUCACUUUAGUCUCAGACCCAUCUUUGACACACUUGUCCAACAUGGAUGUCAAGAACGAAUAUAUCAAGGACGGUAAGAAGUUCACUUUAUUUAACACAACUCCUAAAAUGUCAACCUAUCUCGUUGCUUAUAUCAUUGCUGAAUUGAAAUAUGUCGAAUCUAAAAACUUCCGUAUUCCUGUCAGAGUUUAUGCUACUCCAGGUAAUGAAAAAGAUGGACAGUUUGCUGCUGAUUUGACUGCGAAGACCUUGGCAUUUUUUGAAAAGACUUUUGGCAUUCAAUAUCCCUUGCCUAAAAUGGACAACGUUGCAGUCCAUGAAUUUUCGGCAGGAGCCAUGGAAAAUUGGGGUUUAGUCACAUAUAGAGUGGUUGAUCUAUUAUUAGACAAAGACAAUUCAACAUUGGAUCGUAUUCAAAGAGUCGCAGAAGUUGUUCAACAUGAAUUGGCUCACCAAUGGUUUGGUAAUCUAGUUACCAUGGACUGGUGGGAAGGUUUAUGGUUAAACGAGGGCUUUGCCACUUGGAUGUCAUGGUAUUCGUGUAAUGAAUUUCAACCAGAAUGGAAAGUCUGGGAGCAGUAUGUCACCGAUACCUUACAACAUGCAUUGGGCCUCGAUUCUUUGAGAUCCUCUCAUCCAAUUGAAGUACCUGUAAAGAAAGCUGAUGAAAUCAAUCAAAUAUUUGAUGCGAUUUCUUACUCAAAGGGUGCUUCUUUGUUGAGGAUGAUUUCGAAAUGGUUAGGCGAAGAAACUUUCAUCAAAGGUGUGUCCCAGUAUUUGAGUAAAUUUAAAUAUGGCAACGCAAAGACUGAGGAUUUAUGGGAUGCCUUGGCAGACGCUUCGGGCAAGGAUGUUCGCUCUGUAAUGAAUAUCUGGACUAAAAAAGUAGGAUUUCCUGUCGUCUCAGUUAGCGAAGAGGGAAAUGGUAAAAUAACCUUUCGCCAAAACCGUUACCUAAGUACAGCCGACGUCAAAGCCGAUGAGGAUACAACAAUUUAUCCAGUAUUUUUGGCACUGAAGACUAAGGAUGGGGUUGACAGCUCUUUUGUAUUGAACGAAAGAAGCAAAACCAUUGAAUUAAAAGACCAACAUUUUUUCAAGGUUAAUAGCGAACAAUCCGGUAUAUAUAUCACAUCCUAUAGCGAUGAAAGAUGGGCAAAAUUGGGAGAGCAAGCUGACCUAUUGUCAGUCGAGGACCGGGUUGGUUUGGUUGCUGAUGCCAAAACAUUAUCCGCUUCCGGCUACACCUCAACUAUCAAUUUUAUGAACUUGAUCUCCAAGUGGAACAAAGAAAAGUCAUUUGUUGUUUGGGACCAAAUAAUCAACAGCAUAUCUUCACUGAAAUCUACCUGGUUGUUUGAGUCAAAGGAGACUCAAAAUGCUCUUGACAAUUUCACGAAACAACUAAUCAGCAGCAUGACGCAUGACUUAGGUUGGCAGUUCAAAGCCUCUGAUUCCUUUUCUACCCAGCGUUUGAAAGUCACCAUGUUUGGUGCUGCCUGUGCUGCAAGAGAUGCUGAUGUCGAAAGAGCUGCCCUGAAAAUGUUUACUGAUUAUUGUAAUGGUAACAAAGAAGCUAUUCCGGCAUUGAUCAAGCCAAUUGUAUUUAACACCGCUGCAAGAAUUGGUGGCAUGGAAAACUACGAGAGGAUUUACAAAAUCUAUUUAAAUCCUGUCUCUAACGAUGAGAAAUUGGCCGCAUUGAGAUCCUUCGGUAGAUUCAAAGAACCUGAAUUACUGAAAAGAACUUUAGGCUAUCUGUUUGAUGGCACUGUCUUGAAUCAAGAUAUCUAUAUUCCAAUGCAAGGCAUGAGGGCUCAUCAAGAAGGUGUCGAGAUCUUAUGGAGUUGGGUCCAGAAGAACUGGGAUGAACUCGUGAAGAGAUUACCUCCUGGUCUUUCAAUGUUGGGUUCCGUCGUUACCUUAGGUACUUCUGGUUUUACUUCGCUACAGAAAAUAGAUGAGAUUAAGAAGUUCUUUGCCACCAAGUCUACCAAAGGUUUCGAUCAAAGUUUAGCCCAAUCAUUGGACACCAUAACUUCAAAGGCGCAAUGGGUCAAUAGAGACCGUGAUGUGAUCGACAAGUACUUGAAGGAUAAUGGAUACUUUUGA